ACCUUAACCAGGAACCGGGAGACAGUAAUGGAGAGGAUAAAGAAACAACUUUAGCUAGCUAGCGGGAUCUUCCUCGUAUGAACCUACUAAGGGUUAUUGCAACAAAAUUGCAUCCUCGUCGAUGUUAUCAGUCGUAAGAAACCGCUAUAAUUUAGCUAGCUAGAGUUAAAAGAAACGUACCUAGUUGAUCACGAUCACAGUUGGCUAUUUCCGUUAUUGUACAGCCAUGAAAAGAGAGGAUUCAACUAGACAAGUUUGUGUUAGCUAACGUUGGCUAGUUCCGUAGCAGUAGCUGGCUAAACUAGAAGUGAAACUAAAAUCAAAAUAUAUAUUUAGCUGCUGAACUAUCUAGUGACGUUGCAUUCUUUGUCCGUCGUAAUUUGGUGACUCGAUCUGGGCAUUUUCGCACUGCAUUAAAAAGUCAGAUUGCUACGCCAGCCAGACUGCCUACUGUCUCCUGUCUGCUGAUACUAUUCCUGUGGUUUUUGUGGUGCCGCUCCAAGGUUCGUAUUUCAGACCAUGGCUGAGGAAAGUACCCAGUUCUGCACCAACUGCAAACGUGACAUCCCUGAGGCCAACUUCACCACUCAUGAGAUCCACUGCAGACGCAACAUUGCUCUGUGUGAUCAGUGUGAGGAGCCGGUGCCCCACGCAGAACUGCAGCAGCACAAGGAGCAGGAGCAUGUGCAGGUGCAGUGCAAGUGUGGAUUGAAAAUUGAGAAAAGCCUCUUGGAGACCCACCAGAGGUCUGAGUGCAGCCAGCGCCUGGUGCCCUGUCAGUACUGUGAGCUGGAGCUGGUCUUUAGCCAGUCCAAGGAGCAUGAGGAGUACUGUGGGACACGGACAGAGCCCUGCCCUGUCUGCAAGUGCAACGUCAUGCUGAGAGAGCUGGCCGAUCACCCGGUGCUCUGUGGCACCCUGCCCCCACCGCAGGAGAGGAACAACGCCCGGCCUGCCCGAGGCCAAGCUGACCGACCCGCACUAGAGGCUUGCUUCGAGACCAACUCUAUUCAGAACAUUCUCAAGGCCCAGCAGGGGUUCCAGAACAGCAGUUCAUCAGACCGCAGGGCACCACCCCGGCCACUAGAGGUCAGAGUGCACAACAGCACUAGGGCGGCGGGGCUUGCAGUCAAGAGAAACAUUGCACCAAGGAACACUGACCUUAACCGCUUCGUAGAACGGCAGACAGAGCUGAGCAACAACAACAACAGUUUGACCUGGCCUGAGGGUCUGUCCCCGGGGGACGACCCCUCCAGCCUGGACUACCUACUGGCCCUCAGCCUACAGAAUGACGGAGAACAGGGGGGCCUUUGGAUUGAUGCCUGGGAGGACAGCCCUGGAAGAAUCCCCGGAACUGGAUUCCUGCCCUCCCUCCUCUCCCAACUCUCCCACCCUAACAACAACUACCGCAGCUUCACCCCUGACAACAACACACCGCUGGACCCCAACCAAACAGCCACAGAUGCGAUGUUGCCCUGUGAGUUCUGUGAGGAGCUGUUUCCUGAGGAGGACCUCAUUCUACACCAGACCAGCUGCAGCCCGGCUACCGCCUUUGCAUCUUUCAGCAAGCGAGCCCCCUCCCCACUUUUUGAAGAUGGGGUCCUGCACGGGGCGGGAGGGUUCAUGUACACACCCCCGGGCAGCCCUAGCCCCCCUGCCUACCCUCGCACAGUUUCCCCACUGUCUUGCAGCCCUCCCUCUGGUCCAGUAGAGGGCACCGUGCUCAUUCCCUGUGAAUUCUGUGGAGUCACCCUAGAGGAGGAUGUCGUGUUUCACCAUCAGGACAAGUGUGACCUACGUCCCAACACUGCUCACUCAGUGGAUAAAAUAUCACCACAGAAACCCCUAUUUCCCACCAAAGCUAGCAGUGAGAGGAGCUCUCCAGGACUGCAAAGGAGACUGAGACACCAGGCGGAUCCAGGGGAGCAGGACCUGGAGGAGGCCAACCAGAGGCCCGUGGGGCGGGGCCCGCCCAGUAGGCCGAGGGCAGGGUCUGGUAAGGAGAUGUGGAGGGCGCAGCCCCGUGAUGCUCUCCCAUCCCCUGUGAAGGACACCAACUCUGACACCCAAGCCAGGAGUGGGGCCCGUAGCUGGAGGGAGUCGGGGGGAGGCCGGAACGCACGGGAGUUCCGCCUCGACGAAGGACACAAGCCAAGCUCCGUAGUAGCCGCAGGCAGAGGGAGAGCAGAAGGUCGUAGGGCCCAGAGGAACCCUGGGACAUCAAAGACCCAAGCCGCCAAAGUGAGAAAUGUGGAAACGGAAGAAGAAUGAGGAGAUGGUGAACGGAGACGGUGAUGACUGAACCCCCUCCCCCUGUUCAUGCCACACAUACUCACCCUUGACCCACCUGUGUGCGUGUGUGUCUCACAGAGUAUUGCUUGGCAUCAGAACAGCCUUGUGCUUG